CACAGUGCUCUCCAAAGACUAGCCAAUAACCAACAUGGAAGAGAGAUAAGCUGUGUCUGAUUCAGGGGGAAAGACAGAAACACGCGAGAGGGAAAUCGUAACGGAAGCGAUUAUUGAAUCUUUUUCUAAUGCUGUUGUAAGAAUAAUAAGUUGUCAGUCAGCAUGAACGAUCCUUUUGACCGAGCUCCGGGUGCAGGGAGAAGCCGUGUAAAUCCAGGAGAAUACGGAUUCCCAGUUGGCGCUUCAGCGGCGGAAGAAGAAGCCAAAUCUCCUAUUUUCAUCCAAAGGGAACCGCUUAGACAGCCGCGAACCUGCCCUCCUCCUCCCGAGAGCACCAGCAGCCCAAACAGCGGCGCCGACACAGGCUCAGAUUGGAACUGUCCAAAAAAGACUCAACAAUAUCCCCAAAGUACUCCCGUGUACAAUGAGGUCAGUUCUAUUGUCAAGAUGUCAAAACUUUCUGCAAAUGCGCCAGAGUUUGUUCCCUCUGGGUUUUUCACAUAUGAGGAAACCCCCUUGUAUGAUGAAGGAGAUGCCUACUAUAAUGAACCAACUUUGGCAGACAUGGUCACAGACUUCCUUGGCCACCUGAGCUCUUCGCCUGGGUCUUUCGAGACGGACAUUGAGUACAUAACAAACAUGCUCAGUUCUUAUGUCUCUACUGAAGAGUUGCUACAGGAGCUAGUGGAGCUCAUCUACUCUAAGUCUACUGAAAUCCCAAACUUUUCUUACAUGGGUGCAAGGCUUUGUAAUUACUUAUCCCAUCAUCUGACUAUAAGCACAGCAAAAGGCAACUUUCGCCAGCUUCUCUUGAUAAGAUGUCAAACUGAAUAUGAGCAAAGGGAUAAAGCUGUUUGGGGAGAUGCUGAGACACAAAAAAGGUUUCAUUCUUAUGUGCUCUUUUUGGCUGAGCUGUACCUUCACCUUGAGGUUAAAGGUGCCAAAGGGACUGAAAGGGCUCAGAUUCUUCUUACUGCACUCAAAGAUCUCAUGAUCAGUCUCCUCUCCAAUCCUGUGGACGCUAAUCUCAUCUGUGCUGUCAAACUUCUUAAGCUCACAGGCUCGGUUUUAGAUGAUGAGUGGAAGAGUAGAAGGCAAACACACAUGGAUGAAAUUAUACAGAGAAUAGAGACUGUUUUACUAGAUGCUACAUGUAGUCGAGAUGUACGGCAAAUGCUUUUGAAACUGGUCGAGCUGAGAUCUAGUGACUGGGGCAGAGUAAAAAGUGCCACAGUAGCAAGCAGCGCCACACCAGAUAAUGAUCCCAACUACUUCAUGAAUGAACCCAUAUUUUACACUGAAGAUGGCACUCCCUUUACUGCAGCAGAUCCUGAUUUUGCUGAGAGAUACCAAGAAAUUAUGGACAAACAAAAUUAUUUCCAUGAUUUGGAUGGAGAAAAUGGCUCUGAAGGCUUUGACUUUGAAGAUGAGAUGGAGCCGGAAAUAGAAGAAGCUUUUGAGAGCUUUUGUUUAGAAACUGAACGAAAGCACCAGAAUCGUGGUUCUCAGUAGGCUCAUGUUUAUAUCACGUAAGAUGCUGGAAAAUUUAACAGAAUAACAACAAAUAGCCCAAACGUUUACUACAAGCUGGUGUUUUUUUUAAGCUGUUUAUAGUUGCACUGACCCUUUUUAGUCAGCUGUGUUGCAUCAGAAACUGGGGACAAUCACUGGGAUAAAUGUUUGCUCUGUUGAGUGUUUUAAGUUUUCUGUCUUUUACCUUUCGAAGAAAGUCAACCAAAUGCCAAUAUAGAAGAUGUGUGCUGUGGAUUGUGUUUAGAUAAAUCAAAUUUGUUCAAAAAUUGUAUUUCUGAGGUCACUGGCCAAAAAGUCAACUACUAUUGGUUUGUGACACUAAAAUGGGUCUAGUAGUUCAUCAUUUACAUAAAAUGCGCAUACAUCCAGUAUGAGUACAUUUGAAACUUGCCAAUACUGUUAGGUUCUCCUGCUUUGUGUAAACCUGGCUGCACUUUACAAGUGCCCAUAAACAAAAUACUGUAGUUUUUGCAUUUUAAAGUUUUAUGGAAGAUAACUAGGAAUGCAAAGGCUAUUUUUUAAAUGUAGCUUUAAAUUUCUAUUUCAUUUAAUCAAAAGGUGAGACAUCUUUUUCUAUCCCGAAUCUCAAAGACUGUUUGUUCUCAGAGCCCAUACAAAGAAUGUUGUUUUAUAGUUUGUAUAUAUUAUUUAAUAAUUUUGUUUGCCUGCAAUAAAAAGCAACUUUAUAAUGUAAA